UGGAACAUUUCAGUUUCGAUUUAACACUGCUUGGCUAACGACGUCGGCGCAGUUGUGGUAUUGUUUGAGAAAAAGAAUAGCUAGCAAAGAAAGAAAGAACGAAAGGAAGCAGAUUCAGUGUCUAGAAAAAGAAGAAGAAGAAAAAGAUAGAAUACGCGUCGCGUUUUUGCCUUCAAAGUGUUUGUGAAUGUGAGAAAAAUGUGAGAAAAUCGAAAAGAAUGUGAAAAAAAGAAAAUACAACCACCAGGUCAGAAAGAAAAUUCAAAAAAGAAAAUUAACCGAAAAAAAUAAAAAUUUCACAUCUAUGGGGUGUCCAUAGAUAGCAACGACAAUCAAAUCAAAUUCAGAAAAAAGGAAGAAAGGAAAAAAAGUGAUAAAAAUUUCAAGAGCAAAAGAAUACAAUAACAACAUCAAAAAAAAUCAUAAAAGUGUUGUAAUUUUAAGGAAAUAAAAAAAAGAAUAAUUAUUAUUUUUAUAAUGACAAAAUUAAAAACAACAAGAAUUGCUUUUGCGGAGAACUUCAAGUGGUGUUAGCGCUACAUAAAGCCGGUUUGCUCUCCGAUAUUUUCCAAAAAAAUCAUAAACAACAAUAGUCAACAAAUCACGUUUUGAGUUUACCAAACAUCAGAAUAGAGAAAAAACCAAUUCCAAAAUUUCGUAAUUUAAUACCCACCAAAAACAAAACAAAAAAUAUUGAGGCCAAUAAAAAAAAAAUAAAAUAAAAAAACUCCAACCCAAAGACCUACUGUAAUGCAACACAAAACGUCUCGUUUGGCGAUUAACAAAAUCAAAAGACGUUACCGCAUGAGUCUGAUUGAAUUCAAUGAGAACAAAUUCAUAGGGCUACAGCGACAUUACCCACCACUGCAACCACGAGCGGAGGGCGCAAAAGCAGCAGCAGCUACAGCAUCACUAGUCAAAGAACCACAAAAAAGGUGCUAAAAAGCCCAGCAAAAUAAAACAACGAUUGUCGGUUAAGUGAUGCGAAAAUUUUGAGAUAAACAUUUUGAGGGGUUUGGGGAAAAAAUCGUAACGAGAAAAACCUUUGACGAGCGUUUGUUGAACUCCAGUGUUGUUGUUAGUCUAUUAGGUUCGCCUGUCGGUCUGUCUGUCUCUCAGCUUCUCUGGUUAACCCAAAUAAAAUCAAAUAUUUUGCAAUAACACAGAUCGACAACAGCUAAAAAAAAAAAAACAAACCUAAAACGGAAAACGCCAACUGCUGUAACGGCAGUGAGAACGAAAUCCAACAACAGCAACAACAACUACAAAGAAGAAAUAAACACAACAACAUUGCAACAAAAGUGCAAUAACCCAUCCGGGCAAAUGAGGGUACUCGUCAAUGUUGAAUGACUGGGGGAGUAGCAGCCAAGAAGAAACUUUGAACGAUCACCAAGCUGGCGAACAAAACAACAUAAAAUACUGCCAAGCGAGCACUCAAAUAGAGCAAUAAAAACAACAACAACAGAAACAAAAACAGUGCAACAGAUCUGUAGAAAAAAAGAGUCUAAACAACGCAACUGAAUAGAAAAGGCUCUGCUCUAGAGACUAGCUAGCGCAUCAGCCAGCUAGCCAGCCAGCCAGAAAGCAUUCGCAUCAGCAAUCGCAUUUCUUUUAAUUAAUUUAUGCAUUUUUAUGAUUCUCUUGUUUGUAGAAAAGAAAACAACAACAAUAAUUUUCCAAAACGAAAACAAAGAACCGACCGAAAGAAAGGAAGUGGCUUUGUUUUAAAUUUUACAAAAGAAAAUAUUUUGUUUUGUUUUUCGCAAUUUUUUCUAUUUGCAUUCAAUUAUCUGAAAACACUCGAAUUUUGUUUGGAAAUUCAAGACAUUUGUAAUUAUCACCAACUGCCGAAAACUGCCAAAAAAAAAUUCUGAUAAUAAGAAAGAUUUUUUUUCGUAGCUGUCAUCACUCCUCUUUCAUUACUGUGGCCUUUUGUUGUCCGCUGGGGGUGGUAAUUAUUCUUUCGUUACCAUUCGAAAUCAAUCAGCCACCGCCAAUUCAUCAGCAAAAACAGGCACAGACGCUCACACACGCCGCCACACCAAAAAUUCAAUAUUAAUCUCCAAUAAAAAACAUGGUACUGCAAAAUCACAACAGAAUCCAGACACGUACUGUAACACUGACAAGCGUUAAUCGCACCGGCACCACCACCACAAUUACCUCCGGCAUUGCGACGGCAUCACACGCGCCCUCUGACGUUUCGACCAGCAGUCAACCCACCAUCUACAGAAUGAAUCAACAGCGACCAAUUAUCGAUCUGCUGGUGGCCAUGAUAGCGGUACCCAUACUGAUAUUGUGUGCCCUACAGUUGGAGAAGAAUCUGCACGAUAUGGCCAAUAGUCCGGAGAGUAGGUGGCUGGUCUUUGCACUGGGCAUUGGCAUGCUAAUUGUUAGUGUAAUCAUUUGUGGCUAUGUAACGCAUCGCAUGGGUGUCUGCAUUUGGGCGGGACCCAUUGAUGAGACGGGUAAUCGUGUGGGCAGCAGCAGCAGCAGUGGCAGUACAAAUGGACGAGGUGUAACACAUAUCAAUUCCCAAAAUGAUAUCCUGCGAAUUGUUGAUUCACUGCCACCCAGCUAUGAUAGUGUGGUAAAAUUCGAUAUCCCACCACCGCCCUAUGACUGUUUGGUCAUUGACAUGGAGCAAUGCAAGGAUGAACAGGAGACACCGGAUAAACCAAAUACAAUGACAACAUCUUCAUCGACAGCGUCGACGACGACGACAACAACAACUGCUAACAGCGAUACAGCGUCAACGGUACACAUGUAAACGAAUCCAAUCAAAACAAAAACUUAAUCCCUUGGGAGAGAGAAUUGAAAAGAGAUUGAAAUAAUUUUGAAUUUUCCCUGAGAGAAGGGAGUGGGGAAAAGCAAAAUAUUUCACCCUUAAUGCAAUGAAAAAAACAAACAAGAAAAAGCUACUGAUAAGGUUUUUUUUUUCGAAACACUGUUUUCUAAAUAGAUGCAUUUUAUUUUACUUUUUGCAAAGAUUGUAUAUAUUUUCAAAUGAAUUAAAACCCGGUUUCCAAUGGAAUUCAAAACCAAGGCCUAUAUCAGGACGGCCAAGAAGACUAAUUUGGACAACAGUUUGACAAAAAAAAAACUUAUUGGUAUUUGAAUUUCCUUUAAUUUAAAAACACAAUUAUUUUUUGACAUUAAACUUGGUAGUCAGAUGGUCAUACCGGCUGACUUUAGCAGGGGCCUUGUUAAAAAUAUUCUGAAAAAAAAAAUAAAUUUUUUAAUUUCAAAUUGUAAUCUUGAAAAUAUUUUCCAUAUGUCAAUCAGAAUAUUUGAUAAAUGAGUGUUUUUGAAUUUUACAGAAACUUUAUUUUUAGUUAGAUAUGAAAAUAUAUGUUUUUUGGCAUCAAUUUAAAAUUAAAAUUUUCUGAUUUAUAAAAAAUUAAAUAUAAAGCAAAAAACAAUUAGUAUUUUUAGUAUAUAUUUUUAUAUUUAAAAAUAAUAUAAUGCUUUCCAUUCUUUAUAUGCUAAAACUUAAGUUUAUAUUGAUUACUUUCCAUCAAUAUAAAGGAAGUAUUUUUAGAUUUCCUUCUCAUUUUUUUCUUCCCUGAAGCAGCAAUACACACCAAUUAAUCUAGUCCAAAUACAAAAAACAAGAAGAAACGCUGUUGUAUAAUUUUCAUUACUACUUAAAAAUAAUAAAAAAAUAAAUUAAAAAAAAA